UCGACCUCGCACUCACCCAUGUUUUAGCCGUAAGCGUGUUAUUUUUGUGAUUUACAAGUAAAAUAAACGAGAAAAUGGACUCAUUAGAUCUUUUAGCGAGAGAAGAUGAGUUCAAGAGACUCAAUAAACAAUUGGAAAAGAAAACUGAAAGUCUAAUGAAGGAAAUUGAACAUGUCAUGCAAAAACAAGACUUCUUUGCAGACUUCUCCCACAGCUUGACAUACAGCUCAAAACCAGCUCCAAAAAAACACUGCCAUGAUUCUCCAGCUUCCACGCCUGAAAAAGCCAAACCCAAACGCACAAAAAAGAAAAUUAACCAGCCAGUACUGAAAUUUGAAAAUGGAACACAUGGAAAUAAAGAAGCGAAUGAUGAAAUCUGUGCAAAUAAGCUCACAGACAAUGAAACCUGUGCAAAUGAAUGCACUGAUGUCACAAAUAAGUGCACAGAAGAUCAGAUUAGUUGUAGAAGUUGCACUAAAAGAGUUAUCUGUGCAUGUUGCACUGAACCCAAGAAUAAUAUCUAUGAAAUGGAAUUCUUGAAUGCAUUUGUGUCAGUUAGUGUUCAAGAAAAAGUGUUGCCGGCAUCAUUUUUAAAAGAUAGAUUGUCAGUAGAGAUAAUUUGCAAAUUUCUGUCUACAAAGGUGAAACUAAUGCAAGAACAGAUGGACAGACUUCAGCAUGUUAUUGACAAUAAGGCAACUCAAUGUAAAGCCCAUAUGACGAAGCUGGCAGAGUUGGAGGGAGAGCGAAUGGGCAUGAUUACUAAAACUAACAAUUAUAAGACUGCUGCGGGAGACUUGAAGGCCAAAUGCGCUGUUUUGGACAGUAAACUACAGGAAAAAGACAGACUAUACAAAGAGCAGCGCAGUGAAUCCGACAAAUUGUCAACAGAACUGACGCGAUUGAAAAACAAGAAUAUCGGCGUUGAAGCGAGAUGCGCGUCACAAGAACAAGCUAUUGAUAACUUGAAGCAGCAGCUAGAAGUAGCAAAAAGAGCUGAGAAGGAAUUUCGAGAAUCCUCCCGCAAUCUGUCAGCGUCCCAUCAGAACGCCAUCUCUCGUCUGGAAGCAAGAAUUAAAUCGUUGACGUCUUGCAUUAAUAAGCAGAAGACGUUGGUAGAAAAUUUAAGGAAACAAAACGCAAUCUUGUCGACAGAGGGCGCUUUGAAGAUUUUAGAGCAGGAAUAUAGUAACUUUUUAACGCAAGAUUAGUGUAAUUUUAAGCCUACAGUUUCCAUUUUAAGUAAAAUAUUUUCAUUUUAAGAAAAAUAAUAAAUAUUGAGAACACU